AUGUGUACUAACCAUGAGCAAAGAUGUACUUGUGUUGCAAAGCUUGGUAUUCUGCAAGUGGAUGAGGAUAAUAGGCUAUUUCAGUUCCUCAUGGGGUUGAAUGAAACAUAUAUGGGGGUAAGGAGCAAUCUUCUUAUGAUGCAACCUCUACCUAGCCUUGAUAGUGCUUAUAACAUCCUUCUUAAUGAUGAAAAACAAAGGCAAGUCCAGUCCAACUCUCUGUUCAAUCCUAACUCUAUGUCCUUCAAUGUUAGUACACAAAUUAAGCCUGGCUUUGGUUUUGGUUUCAACCUUAGUGCCACUUCCAAUCUUCCUCCUCCCAGACCAUAUGCACCAAGAAUUAACUUUGAUCAGAAUAGAGCACCUUGUUCUUUUAACAAGGGUAAAAAGGUUGCAACUCAUGUAUCUGCUGCAUCACCUACUAACUCUGAAGGCAGUGUUCUUGAACCUGCUUGCACUUUAGAUGAGGGAAUCAAUGCUGCUUCCAAUGUUGAUGGUCAGGGAUUCAUUAUCCCCGGUCUGAGCAAGCAGCAAUAUGAUCAGUUGAUGAAUUUGUUACAACAGUCUCAGCUAGGGUAUUCUUCCAAUACUCAAGCCAAUCUCAUGUGCGCUGCUAAUUUUGCUGGUACUUUGUUAACUGAAACCCCAGUUUCUGAUUCUUUACUUUGUUUGCUUACUCAAAUUAAUUCUGUCACCUGGAUAAUAGAUUCAGGUGCUUCUGAUCAUAUGACUUCUAAUAAAGAACUACUUUUUGAUAUUAUACCUUUAACUAUUCGUUACCUUGUAACUCUUCCUAAUGGAUACAAAGUGAAGGCUCCAGCAAUGCUGGUUCUUCUUUAUUCAGUCAACUUGGUAUCACAAACUACCUGUCCUCACACCCCACAGCAAAGCAGGGUUGCUGAAAGAAAAUACAGAAUACUUCUUGAAGCCUGUAGAGCCUUAUUGUUUCAAUCCAAAUUACCUGUCACCUUUUGGAGAGAUUGUCUUCUCACUGCUACAUACUUGUUAAACAAAAUUCCAUCCAGAAUCCUUAGAAGUAAGUCACCUUAUGAGUUUCUAUAUGGGCAACCUCCCAGUUAUUCUCACUUGAAGACCUUUGGUUGCCUGGCUUAUGCCACUAUUUCUAUUCCUCAAAGAGAUAAGCUGCAUCCUAGGGCCAUUCCAUGUGUCUUUGUAGGUUAUCCUUUUGCUAAAAGAGAUACAAGCUAUACAACUUAG